CAUCCCCCCCAUUCCCCAUUCCUACCAUACCUACCUGUAAUUUCUUAACCCGACGGCCCGCGCGCUGGUGCGACCGUUUCCUUUUCCACGAUGGUAAUUGGCCAUCAAACAAUCAUUGGCUUCAUGCCGCGUCGAAAUCUCCUUCUCCCGACCCUUUUCAUCGCUCUUCUUAUCACGAUAUGGACCUUUCGAAGUCCAACGCAUUCUAUAGACAGAUGGCUUGACACAUCAGCUAUUCGAGGUACCACAUCGUCGCCGCCCUCAUCCUUUAACAGUCCUCCACCUUUACGCCACGGCGAUGUCGACCUAUCUUCUCCUGACGCGCCCUUUGUCGGCUGGCCGUUACAAAGAGUAUGCAACGAGGCUACAUGGGUUGAGGGUCUAGUUUAUAUAUGCGACAACAAUUCCGGCGGUAUUGGUAACAUACGAAAUUACAUACAAACUUGCAUACGAUAUGGACUCGAAGCUGGCGCCACAGGUCUCGUCAUGCCCAAGAUCCGAAAACGCAACGAGACAGACCUAGCCGAUUUAUUCACUGAUUACCUUCCACUGGAUUAUAUGUUCGACGAGAAACACUUCAAAGAUGCCUUGACUACCAACUGUCCUCAGAUCACCCUUUACGACAACGUCAAGGAUAUACCCGGCGUCGGUAGCAAACCUAAUAUUGAGCAUGUCACACCAAAGAAAUUUGGGAAUCGCGAAGGUUGCGAUUGGCGAGAUCAGAAUCGUCAUACGGAUCGUUUUGGUGAUAGAUUCCGCAGGUGGCUGAACGAUCCCAAGGAUGGAAAGUCCCCGCCGUCGCGCGAUCAUCCGCGCCUGAUCCGUUUCAAUUGGGGUGUGCUCUGGGACUGGCAGACCUAUCGCGAUGGCCCCGAAUUUGUGAAUACGUUCGGCAACAUCCUAAAACUUAAUGAGCAGCUGCUCCGCUUAGGGGAGGUUACGCUACAAAAAAUGCGUGCGUACGCGAAGGCCAACGGGGUCGAGGAUGGCAAGUUCCUCGGCGUCCACUUGAGAACCGAGAGUGACGCUUUAAGUUUCUGGCCGACAUAUAACACUCAGACAGAGGCCUAUCUAAAACAAGCCGCCAAACGAGGCUUUGAGACGGCAUACAUAGCUACAGGAGACUCUCUCGAAGCACAGAAUUUCGCAGGCGCGGCCAUCGAGAUGGCGCAGAUGAGAGUGGUUAGCAAGAUAGAUCUACUGGAGGACGAAGACCUAGAGGAGCUCGAGUCGUUGAGUUGGGAUCAGCAGGGCUUAAUCGAUUUGAUCGUGCUGCUGGGGUGUGACUACUUUGUAGGCGCAAUGCCAAGUAGUUUCUCGAUAUACAUAGCAAUGAAGCGGCACCUAAAGACGGAGGGUAUCUACACGAGACCUUACAAGGUUGGUACGGAAGGAGAUGGACUAUCAUAUCUGGUGGGUAAUUACGAAAAGUACUGGGAAGGCUGGCUCUACAUGUGGGACGGUAUGUGGCCUUGAGACAUGGUUUUGAUGGAGUAUCAUAUAUUUAAAUGCAAACCUGACAACAAUUAGCACGUACUGUGCACUGUGCCAGUGUGUUUACACCCCUUUUCCCUUUCAUAAUCCUACCUUAGGUACCUAAGGUAGGUGCCCAAAUACCGAGUACCGGUAGGUACCUUUCGUUAGUUAAAUAUCUUCAUAUAUUAUUCAUAUAAGCGAGGUAUUUUCGAAGGUUUCAAAUUCAAAUCAGCGCAACUCAAGUUUACCU